UCCUGAGUUUAGUUUCAGUUCUUGUUCACUCACACAAUGUGAUCGCUCUUCUUUGUCCUUUUGAGUUGAUUGUAUCAUGAGCAGAGAUAAUGGAGCCAAUGAACUCCCUUGAGUCUGCAGACAUUCAGUCACAACGUGCUGUCCCACCGUCUCCCUCUGUUUAUGCUCCUCCCACACUGAGGGAUGGUGAGUGUUACCAUGUCUUCAUUAGCUACAGCAGCACAGACUACCAGUGGACCCACCCCCUCAUCAACCAGCUGGAGUCCUGCGGCCUGCAGGUCUGCUACCAUGAGCGUGACUUCACUCCGGGCCGCACCGUGCUGGAAAACAUGUCCGACUGCAUCCAGGAGAGUCAGAAGGUCCUGCUGGUUCUCAGCCCAGAGUUCGUGAGGAGUCGCUGGUGUCUCCUGGAGGCCAACAUGUCUUUGUUCAGAGACUGCCUGGACAGGAAGCCCAUCGUCCCAGUGCUGCUGGAGCCAGGAGUCUCUGUUCCACUCCACCUCUGCCACCUCACCUACCUGGAGGCCACCGACCCCGACUUUAUGAAUAAGCUGCUCAAGGUGCUCUGCACCCCUAACAAGCAACUUCAAGGGUCCACUGUGGUGCCCUUCCAGCCUCCCUCUAUCUACAACGGGAAGGCCCUGCAGCCUUUGACUGCGUUCAAUGAUGAGGAACUCUGUAAAUGGGAUUCGGGUCAGUUCAGUGACAUGGAGGUGCCCGACCAACUGCGCCUGGUCAUUGAGGACCAUGACAAGUACAGAGAGGCUAUGAGGAUGAUCAACAGUGUCUCUCAAAAUAAAGUGUGGCUGCGCCCACUCUGGUUAAGAGUCCUUACCUACAUUACUGGUGUUGGUUUGUUUUUAAUCAUUUUGAUUUUUUCUGUAUUUAUGGCAAUUCUUUUGUUGGCUGUUUUUAGAUCUAGUCCUGAUUAUAUUUACUAUAACGGAGCAGAUAUCUUUGCUGUUUCUAGUCUCUACUUUGCUCCUUUGGGGUUGCUUAUUCAGCUUUGUCUCUGGAAAAAUGAUGAUGAGAAGUACAUAGUACGGGAGAUGCAGAAAGCUAUAGGCCAAGCAAACAAACUUCUCUCUGAGGAGAAGGUGUUAAUGGGCUGUCAGUCCAACUCAAAAAUCUAUCUGGUGUAUGUUUCUCUGGACGGUUGCAAACAUGAGUUUGCAGGAACAUUUUCUGAGCAGACCAUCGCUGAAGAAAUGUUUGAAAGAGCUCUGAUCUUCUUCUCAUCAGGUUACGCUUGCUGCCUUGCUAAAAGACACUUUCCCUUUCCCCAGCCAAGCUCCACUGGUCACCUAGAGGGAGGGGUGUGUUUCUGCCAGUAUGUCUCCCAGCAGCUGAGUACAGAGCAGUGGAAAUAGCAGUACAUUUACAGUUCAGGGCUUACAGAUGGCUGUCACGCAAGGUGCCGACCAGCACAUCAGGAGCAGUUUGGGGUUCAGUAUCUUGUCCAAGGACACUUUGACUUGCAGACCAGGGGAAUCAAACCAGCAACCUUCUGAUAACAAGGCGCUGAUUCUACCUCUGAGCCACAACCACCCGCAGUAACAGUAUGGAUCUGCAAUUUAUGAAUAUAUCAGAUGAAUAUCAAGACAAACUAUUCUUAUCAAUAUUUUUAUAAACGACUUGAAGAUUUUUUGAAGAUUCCAAAUCAGGUGGUUCACGUCAUCAUACAAUUCUACAGGAAAACGUCACGUCAGAAGGAUGAAAGAAUAACCAAUACUUGCUGCUGUUACUCCAGAAGGAGCAGGUUACCUUACUGGCUUGCAUACUAAACAUUCAUCAGUGUAGUUACUACAGUAUACUGACAUGGAAAUCAUCAGGUUUCAGUGAAAGAAGUCUGAGGCCGACUAGCAUUAGCAAACACUUUUCUACUUGUGUGUUUGUAUUUGAUCAUUUUGAUUCCAUUUGAAUUGUUCAUUUUUUCAAUAAAACAUAUGACAUGACAAGCACAGUAUUUAGUUCCUUGUGCCUUUUAUUAACUUUGAUGGGAGAAAAAUUCAUCUCAUACUGAAUUUGAGAUUAGUAAAGGGCAAUCUCAUGAAUAAUAGCACAUCUAUUGUGGUUUAGAGCAGAUAAUAUGAGAUUAAAACUCAAGACCCGUAUCCUUUUCCAUGUGGACUCAGGAUGUUUUAGGGGCAGGGACAAAUAAAUUAAAAGGGGUCAGCUGUAUGCAGUGGAGCACAAGUGUGCAGAAAGUCAUCAUACAUUUAUAGUGAAAUAGUUACAAACCCUGGUUGAUAUUAAAAAACAUUUCAUUAUGUCAUUCUAACUACUGGAGAGGGGAGUGUUUUUGUGUCUGUGUGUCUCCCUGCAGUUGAACAAUAUCUGUUAACUGUCCAAAAUAUUUAAGAUGCACUAUCAGUCUCAGA